GUAAGGACCUCCGCGGUGGUUCGGGAACCAUAUAAGGACCACGGCGAGCCCGACGCGGAGUCACCUGUAUCAUGAAGCUUAUUCCGACGCUGUCCGGACUUCUGCUGUUGCUGGUUGCGAGCACCGUAGCGUUCAAGACCAAGAAGCUUCUGGCUCUGGCCGCGCUGAGUCAUGCGGGUUUGGGUGGCAUUGGAGGGCUCGGCCUUCUUGGGCUGGCCGGUCUGCAUCACCACCACGGACACCACGGCGGAUACCACGGCGGCGGAUACCAAGGCGGAUACUAUGGCCACGGAUAUGGCCAUGGUUACGGCCAUGGUUACGGUCACGGCUAUGGGUGGCCUUCUUAUGGAUACGGCUACGGAUACGGGUGGCCCUCGUUCGGCGGUUACGGAGGCUACGGCGGUUACGGAGGCUAUGGUGGUUACGGAUGGUGGUGA